GUCGCUUCCCCUAGCACUCCAUACAUGGAUGCUACGUACUAUUUCUAGACGCCACUGCGUAGCCUAUAUAAUAUCGGACUCACUUGAAUAGGACCACUCGCAGCCUACAAGCUUAGCAGCUGAGUCCUUUCUGUCAGACUAGUAGUAAUCAACCAGAGUAGCAAACAUGUGUGACGAUGAUGUUGCGGCGUUGGUCGUUGACAACGGCUCCGGCAUGUGCAAGGCCGGUUUCGCCGGAGAUGACGCGCCCCGUGCCGUCUUCCCAUCCAUCGUAGGUCGCCCCAGGCAUCAAGGUGUCAUGGUCGGUAUGGGACAGAAGGACUCGUACGUCGGUGAUGAGGCCCAAAGCAAGAGAGGUAUCCUCACCCUAAAAUACCCAAUUGAGCACGGCAUCAUUACAAACUGGGAUGAUAUGGAAAAGAUCUGGCACCACACUUUCUACAAUGAGCUGCGUGUCGCACCAGAAGAACACCCCAUCCUUCUCACCGAAGCUCCACUCAACCCCAAGGCUAACCGUGAAAAGAUGACCCAAAUCAUGUUUGAAACCUUCAACACCCCAGCCAUGUACGUCGCCAUCCAGGCCGUACUCUCCCUGUACGCCUCCGGUCGUACCACCGGUAUCGUGCUGGACUCCGGUGACGGUGUCUCUCACACAGUACCCAUCUAUGAAGGUUACGCCUUACCCCAUGCCAUCCUCCGUUUGGACUUGGCCGGCCGUGACUUGACCGACUACCUCAUGAAAAUCCUCACCGAACGUGGCUACUCAUUCACGACCACCGCUGAAAGGGAAAUCGUCCGUGACAUCAAGGAAAAACUCUGCUAUGUCGCUCUGGACUUCGAACAAGAAAUGGCAACCGCCGCCGCAUCCACUUCCCUCGAAAAGAGCUACGAAUUGCCCGACGGACAGGUCAUCACCAUCGGCAAUGAGAGAUUCCGUUGCCCAGAAGCCCUCUUCCAACCUUCCUUCUUGGGUAUGGAAUCUUGCGGCAUCCACGAAACCGUCUACAACUCCAUCAUGAAGUGCGACGUUGACAUCCGUAAGGACUUGUACGCCAACACCGUACUCUCAGGAGGCACCACCAUGUACCCAGGUAUCGCCGAUCGCAUGCAAAAGGAAAUCACCGCCCUCGCGCCAUCGACCAUCAAAAUCAAGAUCAUCGCUCCCCCAGAAAGGAAAUACUCCGUAUGGAUCGGCGGCUCGAUCUUGGCCUCCCUCUCCACCUUCCAACAGAUGUGGAUCUCCAAACAGGAAUACGACGAAUCCGGCCCUGGAAUCGUCCACCGCAAAUGCUUCUAAGCGCGCGUUUUAUCUACACAUUACUAUUAUUGUAUUAUAAUUAUUACAUCUUAUACAACUUUAUUAUAUUUGCGACUAUGGUUGCACUGCCAGAUAGACUAUUUUUACGAGAAGACCUUGCGACUACUACACUUCAUUAUUUAUAAUUAUUGAUUAAUUAUAAUAAUUACUAUUAACAUAACAAAUAAAAAACAUCAGUUAUUAAUAAAAA